AUGGAAUUGGGAUUAGGUUUUGAUGAAAACGAUUACUUAUCAUGCUGUGGAAGCACCCAAUUCGCCAAAGAAAUGGCUUCAGCUUCUCCUUUUCCUUCUUACAACCAUGCUCUUUCUCUUGCCAGACACAUUUGGUUCGACAUCGUUGAUGUCAAUGGGUGGCUACAAGCUUUCUCUGCUCAUCCUUCCAUUGGUCAAGCUCGUGCUCCUUCUCAUGCUUCUCAAACCAGUGCUCAGUGGAGUAAGGGAGAACAAUCAACUGCUUUAGCAACUGCUACUACUUCUAGUUUACAGGAACUAGCUGAAUGGAAUGCUCGGUAUAUGCAAAAGUUUGGGUUUGUAUUUCUCAUAUGUGCAUCUGGGAGGAGUACUGAAUCAAUACUUGCUGAAUUGAAGAAACGCUAUACAAACAGACCAAUUGUCGAAUUUGAGAUUGCAGCUCAGGAGCAAAUGAAAAUUACAGAACUGCGCUUGUCAAAGCUCUUUACAAGUAAAGGAAACAUAAUUUCUACAACUGAUAAGAAUUCCACUCUCGCCACUAAAAAAGCAGAAGAAGAACGUGUAAGCAUUAUUGGUGGUCACGUGACUGCUGCAUCAGACACUUUAACAGCAAAAUCAACCCAAAAUCCGUCUAGAACUCGCCCACCCAUUACCACUCACGUGUUGGAUGUUUCGCGGGGCUCUCCAGCUUCAGGCAUUGAGGUACUUUUGGAGAAGUGGAAGGGCAGUCAACCUCGUCCGAUAUUCGGUUACACGGAUAGUGAAGGAUGGGUUGUUCAAGGGUCUUCGUCGACAGAUUCAGACGGUCGUAGUGGUCAACUAAUAAACAUAGUUGAUGACGUGGAUCCAGGGAUAUACAGGAUAAGUUUCAACACUGGAAAGUACAAUCCAAAUGGUUUCUUUCCAUCCGUAUCUAUUGUGUUUGAAAUCUUGGAGUCACAGACAAGGCAACAUUUUCAUGUUCCUCUGUUGCUUUCGCCGUUUUCAUUCAGCACUUACCGUGGAAGCUAG